CACUCAUGUGGUGAAAGUCAGCUGAUCUAUGAUGAAAUAAAUGUGUUUUCAAUAGUAAACAAUUUCAUGUCCUUUUACACCAAUUUAAUGUCAUUUAAGUGAUAAUUAACUGCAAAUGUUGUUGAAAUUAAAUCAAACAUUACUGUCUUUAAAGACAGUGUCCAAAGUGAGACAAUUAAAUGCAAUCCAAGCCAUCCAAGUCUACAGAUAUAGCGACAAAAAGGUUGAAUCUUAUUUCAGUGCAAUCGGUGGUCAAACUGAUGAACCGCCACCUGAUCUCAGUCCUCAACAGGUGAACACAAUAUUGAGGACAAAUGAGACGAGAAUUGAGAAAAGCGUUUCAAACGUUAAACUUAUUGAAUGCAAUCAAUUGGCUUCAAAUCAUCCGAUUGAAGAUCGACUAAGAAUAUCAAGAAUACAUAGCAAUAGCAAUGAAUGCCGUCUUUCAGAUUCUAUAGUUAUGGCAGUAUUUGAUGGACACGGAGGUGGUUCUUGUGCUGACAUAAUAUCUCGUCGACUCUUUCAUUAUAUAGCUUUGGCAUUAAAUGCAAAGACAGAAUCAAUUGACUUAAAUCAAUUGAAUCAUUUGGUUGAAGAUCUUUUCUAUUGUCCCAAUCCUUACCAUAAUAUAACUCACAAAUAUGAGGACAGAGCGGCUGAAUAUUUAAAGAAACAUCUCUUAGAAUCAGAACAAAGAAUUUUAGAUAAAUUUACAAAAGAUUUUAAGCCAAGAGAUGAUAUAUCGAGUGCUUUGGAAACUGCUUUCCUCAGAUGUGACAGUGAUUUAAGCGAUGAAAUUGAACACAAUUUGUUGUGUUCUUCGUCUAACACUUUACUUCAUUAUUAUCUAUCUCUUGCUGUCAGUGGUUGUUGUGUUACUCUUAUUCUUAUUCAUAACAAUAUUGUUUACAUUGCAUCCACCGGCGAUUGUCGAGCAGUUCUUGGUCUAACUUCUGGUUUAUCAACCGGAAAACCAACGGUGAAGACAAUUGAUUUAUCUAAAGAGCAUAACAGUGACAACAUUUCUGAACUAAAACGAGUCUUUUCAGAACAUCCAAAGAGUGAACAAAAUAAUAUUAUUAGAAAUGAGAGACUUUUGGGGCAAUUAAUGCCAUUAAGAGCUUUCGGUGACUUUAGCUUUAAAUGGAGUAUUGAUAAACUUAAAAGAUUAGGUCUGACCCGUGCUUUUGGCUCACAUAUCAUACCAUCUUAUUAUAUGACACCUCCUUAUCUGACCUGUAAACCUGAUGUUGAAGUAUUACAACUCAAAGAGAUUGAAGAAUACGAUAAAAAAUUUAUCGUAUUAGCCACGGAUGGUCUUUGGGAACACUUUGAGGCCAAUAGAAAAGUAGUCAAAUGUGUUAAAAAAUAUAUGAAAAGAUUGGAUAAACAAAAGUCAAGUGACUCUAAUAAUGAUAAAAUUAGUUUUAAAGAAAACACAUUACUUAGUAAUAUAUGUGACCUCUUGAAGGACAGAGCAAAGCCUGUCAUUAAUUCAUUUGACACAAUCACUCGAGACGAUGACUUAAUUGAAGACACAAACUGUGCCACACAUCUAAUUAGGACAUCAUUGGGUGACAUCCCUUCAAAUGAUACUAAUUUAGAUCAAUAUCAGCAACAAUUGCAACGACACACACGGCUUGUCACUUAUCUAACUCUUCCGCAAUCAGUGGUCCGUAAUUUUAGAGACGAUAUAUCAUUGAUUGUAAUUGACUUAAAAUAAUUCUCAAAAACACUAGUCUUACGAAAUAUUAAAUUAUUUUAAUUUCAUUUCGUUUUUAAAAAAUAUAUUCACA